GAUGAAUACUCUUGUCUUAUGUUUUGUUGCAUUGUGUAUAUGUACACUGAAAGCUGAAGCUGGAGGUGAGGAUACAUGUGGAACUCAAUUGAAAGAGUACAAAGGACAAUCAAGGAUUGCCCCAUCUAUACCAAAGAGUCAUUUGACAAUACUUCUUUUGCUUGGGUUUGGCGGAUUUUCUCUUCUUAUUGCCCGUGGUUACAAGUCACUCCGCAAGUACGUGUUUAAAGACGAUCAACAUCUUGAUACGGUAUUUGAUGCUGGUGGUCGUGUAAGCUUUAGUUUGACAGCAGUAACUGUGACGUCACAAAUGUUAUGGCCGGCCGACUUUCUUCAAAGUUCAACACUUACAAGCAAGUCUGGUCUAGGUGGAAGUCUGUGGAUGGCUAUUGGAGUUGUUGUUGACAUUUUGUUGUUUCCCACUCUCUCUAUUUACUUGAAGACACGAGCACCGGGAGCUAAAACAUUCCCCCAGAUAACAAACAGCUUCCAUCAAGAUUUAGAUAUUAAAAAGUGUCCUGCUUUAGUAAAUUAUAUAUAUGUUCAAUAUCUAUGCAUAACGGACAGUUUUAUCAUUCUAAGGAAAAAUAUUACGCCAACAAGUUGUAUAUUGUGCGGAAAGGAAAAGUUGAAGGAAUUGUGUGCUGAAGGAAACAAUCUGUGUCAUUGUCCAUCUUCUAUUGGUUGUAAAGCAUGUGAAUUAGAUAUUGAAAUCCGAGCUAGAGACGGUAUUGACAAUGUUGUUUAUUCUUGUUCAACUCAUGGUAAAUACAGACAGUAUGAAGAUGGACUUAUUCGAUAUAAAAGCUGGUGUAUGAUAUGGGUCUCAAAAGGUAUAGUACCAUAUGGUUUGCUCGUGUCUGAAACGUGUAUGAACGUAAAUUGGGCAACACUAAGCACCCAGAUUCUAACGAGUCCCUUCCUAUGGCCACUGUUUUUGACAAUUACUUGGUCAAAGGCAACAUCGCAAGGUGUCAUAGCAGGUAAGCCAUAUUUUGUGUUUAUACAAUCGUUUAAUAAAAUAUAUGAAAUACGGAAACGGAUUUUCGUUUUUCUUCAAUCGAAAACGCAUGUAUUUUCACUAGAUAAGUUAAAAGUAUAUAAUAAAACAAGUUAUAUAUCAGGCGGUAUUAUUGAAACAAUGUGUUCUAUUGCGGGUUUGCUAGCAAUGGGGUCAACAUAUGAAGGUGGACUCAGUAUUUUGUACGUUAACUCGGCGGAAUCUUACACUAUUUUAGUUGCUAUAUUAAGCGGUUUCGUUGUCAGCUGUUUUGUUUGUGUCGGUGUCUCUCUCUAUACACAUGAAAUACGCUGUGACGCCGAUGCCGACAGGGAAUGGGCCAAAACUAUCAACAUAGAUAAUCCAUUGAACCCAUUCCGUCAAGUAUACGAGAAAGAACUAAAAGCGGUGAAUGCAGGAACUUAUAUUACAGCCAGUACUAUGGACAUUGUGUUCAAAAAAGCGAAAUUAUAUGCUGCAGUUGGUGGUGUAAUCAGUUUGGUGAUUUUUGUGAUUAUUAUUCCAGCGAUUACAUUAAGUUUCGAGGUUCUGAAUUUUGACCAGUUCUCAUCAUGGUUAAAAACGUUUCAGAUUUACUGUUUUAUUUGUACAGUAAUAGUUGUUGUGUUGCCGCCAGUAGAAGAAUGCUUACAAAUAUGGCGGAAAUAUAAGAGAAAUGUUGAAAGCGUUGACAAAAAAAUGGAAAACUGUGUUCAAAAUGAUAUGACUCAAACUGUUUCAGAAAGAUUAUAAAAUACUGGUCCAUCAUCUUACUAUUUUCGUUUUGCAAACUCGACUGUUCACGAUGUCGUGUAUGAUAAUUAAACUAAUAAGCUCUAACAACAAGUUUUGUUAAUGGUUAGCUUACUGUACACAAUGUGCUAAUGGUAAGCUAUUGUUAUGCCCCUGUGUCCGGCGUCGGUCGUCUGUCGUUCACAUUUUUUUCUUACAAGGGGGUUAAACCAUGCGCGCGCAUCCUUUAAAUUCUGAU